AUGUCGGAAAAUACAUCUACAGCAGAACACCUAUGUGUGUUGAUACAUGGACUCUGGGGAAAGCCUGCACAUCUUGACUACGUCGCAUCCGCAUUACAAGAGACACACGACGAUAAAGUACAUAUCCUCUGCCCGAAAGCAAAUACCGGGAACUAUACAUACGAUGGAAUCGAACUCACCGGGGAACGAUUGGUGCACGAGAUCGAGGAAACACUUGAAUCGUUAGCGGAGCGCGGUCAGAAGAUCACCAAAAUCAGUAUCAUCGGAUACUCUCUUGGUGGCUUGCUCGCGCGCUAUGCGAUCGGCUUGUUAGAUGCUCGUGGCUGGCUGGAUAAAUUGGAACCUAUGAACUUCACAACCUUCGCGACUCCUCACGUGGGCGCGAGAGCGCCGCUGAAGGGUUGGAAAGACAGCAUUUUCAACGCUCUAGGUGCGAGAACAAUUUCGCAAUCCGGUCGACAGAUGUUUCUCAUUGAUUCAUACCGUGACACUGGCCGGCCGCUUCUUAGCGUUCUAGCCGACCCAGAGAGCAUCUUCAUUAAGGGACUGAAGAAGUUCCAACGAAAGAGCAUAUAUGCAAACAUCGUCAAUGAUCGCGCCGUCCUUUUCUAUACCUCUGCUCUUUCCAAAGUGGAUCCUUUCGUGAAUCCAGAAAAUGUGAACAUCAAUUACGUCAAGGGCUAUGGGGAUGUCAUUGUUGACCCCGAUACUUGGGUGCUGCCUCCAACACGGCACAAGACAGGCUCUUUCGCCGAGCGCUUUUGGAAGAAAUGCAAAUCAGUGGCCAUCUGGGUUCCCCUGUCAUUAGUUCUGGUUAUUCUUACGCCAUUGGCUUCUUCAAUAUUCCUUAUCAAUGCUGUGAUUCAGACCUGUCGCAGUUCCAAACGCAUUCGGAUGCAUGAAAUUGGAGAACGCGGAGAACUUUUUGGCAAAUAUAGGGUUCCAGUCUUGGUGCAGGAUGUCCAGCACGUCGUGGAACAGGUUUUCGAGAACGUCAAUGCUAGCCAGGAGCCGGCUUAUCUGUCAAACAGUGACACCGACGUUUCUGACUCGGCGCCUGAAAAAGAAGGCGAAACGCCUGUCUCGGGCUCUACUUCAAAUAAUGCACAUGUCGAAUCCUCGUCGAGCCGACGGCGUUCUUCCGCGGCAUCAGUACACUCCCCCAAACUUGCAUUGACUCCGGAGCAAUUCGGUAUCAUUGAUUCGCUCAAUGAAUUGGGAAUUCACAAAUACCCUGUUCAUAUACAGAAGAACCGACAUAGCCACGCAGCUAUCAUUGUUCGAAGUGAUAAGGAGGGAUUUUCAGAAGGCAAGUUGGUGAUGAAGCAUUGGUUGGACAAUGAGUUUGCUGUAUAA